AUGGACAAACUCACUUGCGUUCUUGCCUUAAUGACCGCUAUUCCAAACCUAACUGAGCCGUGGAACCGUGUAGUAAUGGUAGGGGAUUAUAAUGAACAAAAUUAUCGUGUCCACUACACUCCAGGUCCUCCAAGUCUCCCGAUACCUCAAGACGAAAAAAUAUUAGUAACACCUUAUAGAGUAUCGAAAUCGGGCACAUCAUUAAUGGCAUACUGUUCAUUCUCACUCGGAAUGCAGCAAAUUGUCGAAAACGUUUUUCCCCAGGCUAGUAAGCUACUUUACCAGCCAGACAUAAAAUUUGCUGAGAAUAAGGGGGAUUAUGAUAAUUGUGAGCAACAAAUUUAUAAACUAAAUUCGAAUCCCAGGAUAGAGAUUGAAAUCGAAAGAUUGGAGAGCACUAGAUGUACCCACGCCAUAAUUUCUCAGUUGGCCUUAAAGUCAAAACUACGAGUCACUGGGAGGUUUAAGUGUUAUGCCCCGUAUGAAAAUACCAGGGUACCAACUAUCCAUGCAAGAGGGCCCGUUCGACUUACAAAAGACGUAUGGAAGCCCAUUAUGUCUGUGGGUGAUCAAGAGGAACCGAUGAAGUAUGUCCUGGCCUGGUUUCAAGGCCAUCUCUACGUUUUCCAGAUUUACUGGGGCGAUUCUGGAUAUUGGCAACUAUUGACUCCCAUCGGCAAUGAAAAGAAUAAUGGAAGAAUCAUUUACGACUUCGUUUUCAAAAAUAAUCCAGAUUUACUUAAACUCAUGAAUUCAAUCAGACGUUCACUAAGCAAUCACGAUAUUGACGUGGAAUCAGUGCCUUCUAGAGGUCAAAUUGAAGCCUUGAAUAGAAAAGAAUUUAGAUCCUUACCUACCCUUCACACCCUCAAAGUCAUCUCAAUUACGGCCUUCCUGCUCUGUGAUGCACCUAAGGAACCGUGA